ACCGAGGGUCUGCCGCUUUCUGUGCAGUGCCCAGCUACAAAGCCUUGGAACUUUUACUAAACUUUCGCCCUGUCAAUGGCUGACUAAGGAGGCUGCUGAAUGACAUCAUCAACUAGAAUAACAGGAAUAAGGAGGAGGUGAAAGAAGAGGUGGGGGCAUGGGAAAAGGAUGGUGGUUAAAGCUUGAGAGUGAAUGUGUAGGAGCCGAGUCCCUGAUUUUAUGACAGAAAAUCCUGCGUCUUCACAGAUGAAUGCAGAGGAAGGGGCCAACUCUGUUAACUCUCACUGUGCUCCUCUGCCCAUCCAUUCUCUCUGUUUUAAGCCUCGGCCACUCCUGCUAUUAUACUCAAGUUACCAUCUCUCAACUCCUACCAUUGUACCCACAUAGCAUUUUCCAGCUGCUGCGUGCCACUGGCCCUACCCCACGAUCCAUGUCCAAGUAGUCACUUGACUGUAAUCCUGUUAGAGUUUGUGACUCCUACAGACUGCUCCUUUUACGGACCUUUUGUGUUGGCCAUGUGCAGUGAAGGGGAACUGUCCAAUCAGUACAGAGUUGGAUUUACAGGAGUUGUUGAACAGACCUCAGGCCCUAAGACUCUCUCAAAACGAGAUUACCUUGUGGAUGCAGCCAAGCAGUUGCAUGUGGCUCUUGAGAGGGAUGUCAAUGAGGAGUACGAGGCAGCUUUCAGCCAUUAUAAGCAUGGGGUGGAACUGCUGCUCAGUGGAGUCACAGUUGAUCCAAGCAGGGAGCGUCGUGAUGCUGUAAAACGCAAAAUCUCACAAUAUUUAAAACGCGCUGAAGAAAUAUUUAAUUGCCACUUACAACGGCCCGUGGGAAAUGUCUGUGGUGCAACAGAGGGUUACAGCAGUCUCAGAUUUCGACCUAUUAGAGCCUUAAGUGCUGCAGUUGAAAACUUAAAGAACUGCAAAAUCCUAAAGAUCAUCGGCAAGGUGCAGUUGGUUCAUGAUCCGUGCACAGAAUCCACAUUUGUGCUUAAGUCUUUAAUGAAGUCUGGACGUUCUGGACAUGGAACAGUCACUAUUAUACCUCAGUGUGUUCCCUUCAUGGUCCAACUCCAGAGAUUUUAUGUGAGCGAUGAUUCUUUGCACCUUCAGUUGCAGUACAUCCCGGGAGGCUGUCUGUGGGGACAGCUCAGGAAAUAUCAGACCAAGAGCCAAAGUAUUGACUUCCAACAAACUAAUAUUUUGCCCACUUCAAGCCCUAAACAAGUUCUGGGCCCUGAGAAUGACUGUCAGCCAUUGGCAACAUUUAUUCAUAGCCCACCCAGUCACCUGACAGAGUUGUGUGACCCUAGUAACUCCAGUGGAUUGUGCAGUGAGCCAGUUGGAUGCAUCUUAGAAUCACAAGUCAGAUUGUGGGGAGCACAGCUUAUUCUGGCUCUGGAAACUCUUCACCAGGAAGGUGUGCUAUGUAGAGAUUUGAAUCCUCGCAACCUGUUACUGGAUGACAGUGGUGAUGUUUAUCUGACAUACUUUGGGCAGUGGCGUGAAGUGGAGAUUACCUACUGCCCAGAUGCAGCAGAGCGUCUUUAUGUGGCACCAGAGGUCCUGGGAGUGGGCACCGUGAAUGAAGCCUGUGAUUGGUGGAGUCUGGGAGUCCUGCUUUAUGAGAUGCUAACUGGACAGUCUCUCUAUGACAGUUUAACUUCCGGAGUUAAUGCUCACAUGCAGGUCCCUUUUCCAAACACUCUUACUUCUGCUGCCAUUUCUCUGCUCACUGAGCUCCUGUGCUAUGAUCCUGGUAAGCGCCUUGGUUCUGGUCCUGGGGGAGCCCAGAAGAUAAAGACUCAUCCUUUCUUCUAUGGGGUCCAGUGGAACAAACUAGUGUGAAAUACUAAAAAGACAUAUCAAAACUGAAAUAGUAGAGCGUGCACAGAUAACAAUGACAAAGCCAUGUCACACUGUGUUCUACAUUAAGUGAACCACUACAGUUGCACAGACAUUUCAAUGCAUGGGCUCAGGUGUGCAUAUGAAUCACAAUGUGGUCACACAGUCUGUAUUUAGGGGCAGAUUUAUCAAAAUUUGAGUUUAGCACUUAAUACAUAAAUGUAUGCCCACAUUCUAUUGACUAUUGGGGUUUUUAAAAACAUUUAUCAAUGGGUGAAAGUUACAUGGGUGGGUUCACCAACUGAUAAAUACACUUCUUAAAAUCCCAUAGGAAUGAAUAGAGCAUGGUGAGUUUUUAUGUAUUGAGCUCUAAACUUAUAAAUCUGCCCCUUAAAUGGAAGCAAGGUCACAGGAGUAUCAUAUUGUUCACUCAGUAGCAAAGCUGUAAGGUGCCUGUUUUUGUGCAUGGGAAGUCUAACUGCCAAUUGUUUAUGUACAUAGCACAUGGAUUUCUGAAAUAUGUAACACCCGUUUGUUGUCUUGAAUAAAUAAAUGGUAAUUUGGAAACUCCA